AUGCCAACUCUGUUUAAGGGCGGUCCAGAUCCGCUUGUUGCGGAUAGUUUCAUGGAUAGGGUGGAGAAGCAUAUUAAUACUAUGAAUUUGGCAACGGACAAGUUGAAGAUUACAUUGGCUACUUACAAUUUUGUGGGUGAUGCUAAGAUUUGGUGGAAGACCGUUUCUCACACCCAUAAUCUGGAUACUAUGACAUAUGCUACAUUCAAGAAGUUGUAUUAUGAGAAGUACUUUCCGGUGCCUAAGCGGAGGGAACUAAAGAAGGAGUUUGAUGGGUUAAAGCAAGGAAGUAUGACAGUUACAGAGUAUGAAAAUAAGUUUACAUCACUUUUGAGGUUUGCACCGGGAAUUGCUAAUGAUGAUGAAGGAAAGAUAAAGAAAUUUGUUGAUGGCCUUGAUCUUACCAUUAGGCCAAUUGUAGCUGCUUCAGAACCGACAGAGUAUGCAAAAGCAGUGCGAAAAGCUUUAGUGGUUGAGGCUGAGAGUAAGGACAACAAGGCUAUCAGGGAGUCCUACAAGCACAAUAGGGGUAUGAGUACUUUAUCCGAAGGUCAAUCAAGUAAGAAGCAGAAGCAUGAGCAGUCAGGGUUCAGGGGACAGAAGCCAGUCAGAUCUGCACCCACAGCUUCAGUGUCCAUGGGGUCUUCUAGACCGAAUGUUACUUGUUUCAGAUACGGGCAGUUGGGACAUUACAAGUCUCAAUGCACUCAGACACAGGUAGCUCAGAUGAUUUGUUUCAAGUGUGGGCAGCCAGGGCAUCAUAAGUCCCAGUGUACUCAGAUUCAGGUAGUGUUUGAUGGAUGUUUCGGGUGUGGCCAGCAGGGCCAUAGGGUGAAAGAUUGUCCACAGCGGGGCAGUGGUUUGGGCAGAGGUGGAGGUUCACAGCAGAGGCAGAUGCAGUCUGCCACAGUUCAGUCAAGGUUUCGACCACCACCACCUCAGCCGUCUCAGCCAGCUAUAUCAGCCAAGAGUUCUCGACCUAGUAGGGGAGCUUCUUCGAGUGCACCUACUCAGCAGUCUGGCUAUCAGGCAGGCAGUUCCCAGGGGCAGAGGACCCAGGGUCGCGUGUUUGCACUCACUCUAGCCGAGUCACCAUCCAGUCCUUCAGUUGUUAGGGGUAUGUUUCUUGUGUCCCAUUCUUGGGCUCGUGUAUUUAGAGUUUGUAGGAGUUGUUCCAUCACAAUUGCCGGACGUGUUCUUGAGUUUGAUCUCAUCCUUCUCGAGAUGACGGGAUUUGACGUCAUUCUUGGGAUAGACUGGUUGUCAUCCUUUAGAGCUGUCAUUGAUUGUUUCAGGGGCAGAGUUUCAGUGUGUACCCCGGAUGGGGAUUGUUUCUGUUUUGUGGGAGAUCGGUGUGAUCCUCUCACCCAUUCAUUUUAUGGUGUUAGGGGUCGAGAGCGGCAGACAUUCUUCUUUGCUAGUCUUUUCACCGAUAAUGACGUUGAGUUUUAUGGGGUUGAUUAUCCAGCGGAUGUACGUGAUUUUCUGGAUGUGUUUCCGGAUGACUUGACUGAGUUGCCUCCACACCGAGAGACGGCUCACUUCUUGCCUAUUGAGGCAACAGAUGACGCUGAGACACUCGGUGUACUUUAUGUGAAAGAGAUUAUGAGAUUGCAUGGAAUUCCAGUGGCUAUUGUGUCGGAUAGGGAUGCUAAGUUCACCUCGAAGUUCUGGGAAGGACUUUAA